CAAACUAUUAGGCAACUCCAUCGAUUCGACUGUCACCUCGACUACUAACUCCCUCUUAACAACCCCAGUCAAAGCCGGAAACUAUGUCGUACCCGAACUAUGGCUACGGUGCACCGUCACCUCAACCACCCUAUGGUGCUCCCACCGCACCAUAUGGUGCUCCAACAGCGGGGCAUCAGCCAGCACCGUACGCCCCGUAUGGAGCUCCAACCGCCCCCUACGGGGCACCUGCAUCAGGGGAGAAGCCCCACAAGGCCGACAAGCCCCCCAAGGACCAUGCUGGUGCCGCCUAUGGUGCUGCCCAUGCUCCUUCUCCUGCAGCUGGUGCCUAUCCACCGACUCCAAUGCCAUUCGCUAACCCGUUCGCAGCCCUCAUGCCAUCACAGUUCCCGCCCGGUACAGACCCGAGCCUGGUCUCUUGCUUUCAGAUGGCCGACCAGGACCGAAGUGGGUUUAUCGAUGACAAGGAGCUCCAGAGGGCUCUCUCUUCGUAUAACCAGACCUUCAGCAUGAGGACAGUCCACCUGCUCAUGUACUUGUUCACCAACACCAACACUCGAAAGAUCGGACCCAAGGAAUUCACUUCAGUGUUCUACAGUCUCCAGAACUGGAGGGCUAUCUUUGAGAGGUUCGACAGGGACAGGAGUGGAAAAGUUGAUGCAAACGAGUUGCGGGAGGCCCUCCUGAGCCUUGGGUUCUCGGUCUCCCCCAUGGUGUUGGACUUGCUAGUCUCCAAGUUCGACAAGAGUGGAGGCAAGAACAGGGCCAUCGAAUACGACAACUUCAUCGAGUGCUGCCUGACUGUUAAGGGACUAACCGAGAAAUUUAAGGAGAAGGACACCAUGUAUUCGGGUUCAGCAUCUUUCACUUACGAGGGCUUCAUGCUGACCGUCCUCCCAUUCCUGAUUGCCUAGAGAUCUAUCAUCGUCCAAGCCUUUAUACUUUCUGGUUGAUUUUGAGUUGCAGGAUCCGUUGGUUCGAUGUAGUUUCAUCUUUUUCUUACCUUAGCAUUGAAAUGGUGUCCGAUGUUAUGGUCUAGCAAAGAAUAUGGUUUCUUUCUUCUUUAUGUUUAUAUAAGCUGCAUCCGUUCUCUGCCAUAAA